GCCACCCUCUGUCCCAACCACUGCAGCGCGAACUGACACGCUCCAGAUCGCGUCAUUUCUCGGCCUCUAUCGCGCAUACAACGAGCGUAUCUCUCAGGCUGUGGACACCCCGCGCUCCUUGCACUCAUCCGUCGACCUCGCCUGCAACCAGCGUCUGGCAUCCCUCGGCUUCUCUGAAUACUCUAUCUGCAUCUGCGAGCAGGCCGACUUCCUACUCCACGAGUGCUUCUGCUGCGAGAUCAGGCAUGGCUGCGCAGGAAGCGAUCCUUGCGAAGCUCCCCGAGGCGUUCGAGAAGGCGCAGGCGUCGGGGGAUCUGCUCUUCUUCCCGUCGACUGUGCAUAAGCACACCGAGAAUGGUGUAGAGUUCGAGAUCCGCCUGUGCCCGGCGCUGCAGAACAAGCCGCGCCUCCCGACGCCGGACUUCAGCGCGGACGCGCCUGCAGUGGAGGAGAAGGAGAAGAAGAAGCCGGACCCGUUCGCGCCGCCGUAUGUGCCCAACCUGUACCUUGGCGAGGUGCGCGAUGCGGAGGAGGGGGACGAGUAUGUGAUCCUGUUCAACAAGUACUCGGUCCAGCCCCACCAUAUCCUGAUGGUCACGAAGGAGUUCCAGUCCCAGACAUCACCUUUGAUGCCGCCCGACCUCGUGCAGGCUUACCUCUUCCUCGUCGCUGCGAGGAAGGCAGGGCGGAAGUUCUUCGCCUUCUACAACUGCGGGGACCUAAGCGGCGCGAGUCAACCGCAUAAGCACCUACAGCUAAUACCCGUUGAGGACGACGGCCCCCCGAUAGAGCACCUCGCGCGCGGGGUCAAGCUCGAGCAAGAAGAUCGUCCCUUCGCGCUCUCCAGCGUCCCCUACGCAAACCACGUCCGCCGCCUGCCCUCCUCGCUCCCCACCACGCGCCCCGCCGCACUCGAGCCCAUCCUCACCGACGCCUUCCUCUCCCUGCUCGACCUCGCGAUCUCGACCGUGCGGCGCGACGGCACGUACCCGCCCGGGCCGCCCUCGUACAACGUCGUGCUCACGCUCGAGCACAUGCACGUCGUGCCGCGGCGGCGCGAGACGCACGUGCUCGCGGGCACGGGCGAGGAGCUGAGCGUGAACGCGCUCGGGUUCGCGGGGAUGCUGUUGGUGAAGAGCGAGAGGGAGAUGGAGGCGGUGAAGGGCGAGGGGCUGGGCGUGAUUUUGAGGGGCGUGGGGCUGGAGAGCGUGCAUGAGGAGCAGGUGAGCGAGCAUGAGGCGGGGGAUGCGCAGUUGGCGUGACGGCGGUGUGAAAUGUUCUGGUUUAAUGCAUUUCGUGAUAGAAUUAGAAUGGCUUGUACAAGAUACCACAGACUACGCGCAAGAACGAAGAU